AUUUGGAGUCCAGCCCAGCACAGGCCAACCCGUGGAAUUCACAAUCUCUAGAGUAUCGAGAAAGGACCCCCCAAAAGCGAGCACGCAGAGAUCUAGCCAUUGCCCCUUCCCCUUCCCUUACUCCAACCAAACUUCUUCUUCAGAAGGGGGCACUGUGAUGGCCGGCUACAGAGCUGAAGAUGACUACGACUACCUCUUUAAGGUGGUUCUGAUUGGAGAUUCCGGCGUGGGCAAGUCCAAUUUGCUCUCCAGGUUCACCAAAAACGAGUUCAGCCUCGAGUCCAAGUCCACCAUUGGGGUUGAGUUUGCUACUCGGAGCUUGAAUGUCGAUAGCAAGGUCAUCAAGGCCCAGAUUUGGGAUACUGCUGGCCAGGAAAGGUAUCGUGCAAUAACCAGUGCUUACUAUCGAGGCGCUGUAGGUGCACUGCUUGUCUACGAUGUCACACGACAUUCCACUUUUGAAAACGUCGAGAGGUGGUUAAGGGAGUUGCGAGACCAUACAGAUCCUAACAUUGUCGUCAUGCUUGUUGGUAACAAGUCGGACCUUCGACACCUGGUGGCAGUAUCAACAGAGGAUGGGAAAUCUUUUGCCGAGAAGGAGUCUCUCUAUUUCAUGGAAACUUCUGCACUGGAAGCAACCAAUGUCGAAAACUCAUUCGCCGAAGUCCUUACACAAAUCUAUCACAUUGUAAGCAAGAAGUCCAUGGAGGCUGGCGAUGGCGCUGCUGCUGCUGCUGCCACAGUUCCUUCAAAAGGAGAUAAAAUCGACGUCGGUAAGGACGUCUCCGCUGUAAAGAAGGCUGGCUGCUGUUCGAGUUAGGCUUUUGAUUUGCAUUCUUUUCGAUGCGGCUGAUUUGAUAUUGCUGCAUCCUUAUGUGCACCAUAGUUGAGUAACCAUUCUUCAGAGAUGUCUUGAAUAGGAUAUUGAUAUUGCCUGGAUUUUAUUUACUUUCCAAUAUAUUAUGGUCUGAAAAUUUAAGUUUGAGCUCACAGAGAGAGCUAUUGAUUUCA